UCUCCAAAUUUAUUUCCAGGCACAAUCUGUGUGACCCUAGCGGCACUAUAUCUAAGGAUGUAAUCCCAUUCCGUUUUUUCUCACAAGCUUGAAAUUUCUGAGGAAAACUCCAUAGAUUUUUUUCUUGAAGAUGUCAUCAUAUUUGGAUGGUGGUGGUGGUUGUAGGAAGAGAAGAAGAGGGGGUGAAAGGAUUUUCAAGUUCAAGAGUUUCGGCGAGAACGGUUGCCCUGUUGAGUUUGAUGGUUCAUUCAGGAAUAACGUUAAAGCACUUGUUGAAUAUGGUAAUUUGGAGAUGAAUCUCUGCAAUGAUGGAGUGUUAUGCUGGACGUUUCAGCUCGAAGUCCAUCGACAUCCUCCGUUGAAUGUACUUUUGUUCGUCGUUGAAGAACCGGUUCGAGCGUCGUCGAUCAACCUUCAUUGCAAGCAUUGUCGAUAUGUUGGCUGGGGGAACCAUAUGAUCUGCAAUAAGAAGUACCAUUUCUUGUUACCAUCUAAAGACACCGUAGCUUCUUGUUUCAACUGUGAUGAAACCAAUUCCUAUGAGUCGAAUCCAGAAAAGGGUAAGCUGAACUUAGUGGAAUUAAAAGGCCAUAUCAUGCAUGGUGUCUUUCAUUCUAAUGGAUUUGGGCAUUUACUAUGUGUCAAUGGCAUGGAGAUGGGUUCGGAUCAGUUGGCUGGCUAUCAGAUCACCGAGUUUUGGGACCGUUUAUGCACUGGUUUGCAAGCCAGGAAGGUGAGUUUGUGCGACACAUCAAGGAAACGGGGCAUGGAGUUGAGGUUGCUUUAUGGUGUAGCAUAUGGUCAUCCAUGGUUCGGUCGCUGGGGAUACAAAUUUGGACGAGGAUGUUACGGGGUAAACAAACCGAUUUAUCAGAAAGCCAUCGAAGCGAUCCAAGGGAUACCUUUGUGCUUGCUAAAUCAUCAUCUCAGCAUCUCCAACAAUGAAGUUUCAGUCAUUUUCUCCAGGUAUCAAGCAUUGUCAGACCAUUCCAUAGUGACCCUAGGGGACCUGUUACAUUUCAUGUUGAAGCUGAGGUCUCGACUUCCAGAAGAAAACAUAACCAGUUCUUGUAACCCCACAACAGUCGAGACUAACUGCAGAUGGUCACCGAAGCGAGUUGAAGCAGCCACUCGGGUUAUCGUCGAAGCUCUAAAAAACAGAGAGUUCAGGUGGGUUUCAAGGCAAGAAGUAAGGGAUGCUGCAAGAGCUUAUAUUGGUGACACGGGGCUGCUUGAUUUUGUUCUCAAAUCGCUUGGGAAUCACAUAGUGGGAAACUACUUGGUUCGUCGUUGCUUAAACCCCGUAACUAAAGUACUAGAAUAUUGUCUGGAAGAUAUUUCCACUGUAUUUCCCAACUCGGAGGCCCUCAUUAUGAACAAUUCCAAAGCAAAGCCUAGAAAUAAGAUUACAAAGGUUCAACUAAUGAAGGACAUUGGAUAUCUAUACAAGCAUAUCCUGAAUGAUCAAAAGCCAACAAUGAGCACUGGGGUUCUCUCGGCAAUACCAAUGGCAACCAGGAUAAUUCUCGAUACCAAAUUCCUUCUGAAAGAAUAUACCGAAGAACAACUUCCGAUCCGGGGAAACUCAUUCAAGCUCUUCUGUACAGUCACAUUGAGAAACAAUGAAGGGAUAGAUGAAGGGUCGAAGAAACCGAUGCUCCCAUAUGAAUGUGUAAGUUUCAACGAAAACACUACCUUCGAUGAGCUUAGGCAGGAGGUGGAGAAGUGUUUCAGAGAAGUGUAUUGGAGGCUGAGGAGUUUUGUUGUGGAAGCCGUGGCGAAUAUGAGUGUGAAGGGAUCGGAUUUGGUGGUGGGAUCGGUUGAAAUGGGCCAGAAACUUGUUUUCAUCGGUAGCAACGAUGAUCAGAUAGGAUCGGAGGACAGUAGUGGGACUGGGAUUGUGGAUUGCCUUUGUGGAGCCAAAGAGGAUGAUGGUGAAAGGUUGAUAUCGUGUGAUAUUUGUGAAGUCUGGCAGCAUACAAGGUGUGUUAGGAUUCCAAAUAAUGAAGAGAUCCCACAUGUUUUCCUCUGCAAACAAUGUGAGGAAAAGAUUGUGUUCUUGUCUUCUUCUUUACCCUAAAUUAACUAUAUAUAUGCAUGCUUUUCAAGAACGGUUUAUGUAAUGCUUUGUAGCCAUGCUUUGGCCAAUGCCGAUGCCGAUGCCCUUCUAAAUAAUAUAGAAAAA